AUGGUGCACACAGAACCCACACAGACCACGCUGAUGCCAGAGCUCUACGUAAACGUUACCUCCGCAAAGUGGUUCACAAUAGCAGCAGACGAACUGCGCGCUGUGCUAGCCACGUUCCCGAGAGGCCCAACCGAAGACCAGCAGUUCCUCGACUUGGGUUGCGGCAGUGGUAAUGUCACCCGCGACGUGCUCUUACCCCAGUGCCCACCUUGCCGAAGGUUCGUCGCCGUCGACGCAUCCGAAUACAUGCUGAAGUACGCGAGGGAACAUUUCGCCCACCCCAAGAUCUGCUACGCCGCCCUGGACAUCCUGGCGGAUGACGUGUCCGACUUCGUGGAGCGGUACGGGCUCUUCGACCGCGUCUACUCGCUCCUCUGCUUCAACUGGCUCAAGGACCAGGAGAAGGCGUUAAAGAACGUCGUUAAGCUGAUGAAGCCGGGAGGCGAGGCGCUGUUUUGGUUUAACGCUAGGACCCCGCAAAUGAGGUUUCGUAAGACGUUGGCCGGGAUGCAGCGCUGGAGCAAGUACGCACAGAUUUGCGGAGGUGACAUUCCACCAACCGUAGACCUGGCCGGGGAAGAUGAGCUCCUCUCUUACAUGUUGGGCGUUCUGAAGAGAGCCAACCUGGUCCCGUCCAUGUGCCAAGUCAGGCGUGACUCGACCGAGCGUUACACCAGCCCGGAACACCUGACCCAGGACUUGAUGGCCACAAAUUCCAUACGGGCGCUUUUGACAGAAGAAGAGAAGCAGUUGCUCCUCGAAGACGCCACCGUCGAAGCGAAACGGCUGUGGGCCGACAAAGAAGCCAGUGGUUCCCUCUUGGCGGUCGACGUCUUUGUGGUGCGAGCCUCCAAACAGGGACCCUAA